AUGGCUAGCGACGAGCUGCCGUUUGGUUACACGCACAGACAGAAGCGCUCCCAUGCCCAAAUGGAACUUGAGGGCUCGUCGUCGCCGACUUGGAGCAAUUUCACCGGCCUGUCCUCUCGCGAGCGCUCCGCCAGCGCUUCCCACCCACAGCUCUCCGGCCUCCACCUCCCUCGCCUCAACAGCAUGCCUUCUGGGCCUCCGCGACGAUAUCCAGGCGACGGCUUCGAUUUCCGACGACCAGUCACUUCGGCGAACGUCAUAGACCUCACCCACGACGAUGCGGGGCCCUCAGGGCCGCCAAGUGACCGCCAGCGCACCAGCGGUCGGGCCCCCCGUCCGCCACGCUUUGGGCGAGAUAUCAUAAUUGAUGUGGAGCAGGAGGAUGCACGCAGAGCAGCUGCACCGUCGGGCUCGCCGGAGAUCGAGUUCAUAUCGUCUCGUCCGAUAGACCCGCCACGACGCCAGGACCCGCCUACCUUUAGCCGAAACAACUCAGAUGAGGACGAGGUCGAGUUUGUCGGCGAGAAUACGCUGCCUGAGUCGCAAAGAAGAAGGCCCGCCAACUUCGACUUCAUGCUCGGCCUCCUCGACGACCCGGAGCUCGGCGAGGUCAAUCAUCUCCGAGCACGAAUCGAACGUCGGGCAAACGCUGAGCGUCAGCGACAAGCUACAGUGGAUCGCGUAAUGCAACGUAUACGCCGUGCUGGACCUAUCCCGCCGCCUCGGAAUCGUCGAGGACAUAUUCACCAGGGCUUCUUGGGCUUCUUGCCACCGGACCUGAACUUUAAUGUGGUGGGCUUCAACUUGGGAUUCAAUCACGAGAAUGAAAACGACGGGCCGGCGCCGUCACCGCCGACGUAUGAUGCACCUGAGAAAGCCCCACAAGGAUUCACAAGGAGCCCGGAAGAGAAGGAUGUGUUGGUAUGCCCGAAUUGCGAGGACGAGUUGUGCGUUGGAGAGUCGGAGCUGAAGAAGCAGGUGUGGAUUGUUAAGAACUGCGGUCACGUCUAUUGUGGCGAGUGCACUGCCAACCGAUCUCUUAAGAAGAGCGCAAAGGGCAAGGAGAAGCAGCCCUCUCUCCGCACAAAGCCCUUCAAAGAGUGCGUAGUCGAAGGCUGCCAAAAGCGCGUCUCCAACCGCGCCGCCAUGACUCAGAUCUUCCUAUGA